GGGUUGGUAGAUUAUAUUAAUGAAGUCACACUCACACACUAGCUAGCUAACCAGCCAGUUAAUACUCCAUAUAAACAAACUGAUCCUAUCUUGGAAGAAUUAAGCAAGUAGCAGCAGCAGCUUAGGUUGAUCAUAUGGAUGGUGCGAUGCAAGAGAGCAGAGAGUAUUGGCGCGACGGCGGCGAUGUCGUCGGAGAGGAGCUCUUGAGGGAGAUCCUCGAUGAGACCGCCGCGGUGCAUUCCAAUUCCAAUUCCAAUUCAAAUUCAAAUUCCAAUUCAAAGGAGGCGGAGGAGGAGGAUGAGAGAGAAUAUUUUGCCGCAGCUGCAGCGGAUGAGCAGCUGCAGGUGGAGGCUCCUUGCGGGCGGCGGCGGCGGGAGUCGAUGGUGAACAAGCUCAUCUCCACGGUGUAUUCUGGGCCAACCAUCAGCGACAUCGAGAGCGCUCUCUCCUUCACCGCCGCCGGCGACCAUCAGCUACUCGCCGACGGUCACAAUUUCGCUGCAAGUAGCUGUAGCCCAGUGGUUUUCUCGCCGGAGAAGACGUUGAGCAAGACGAUGGAGAACAAGUACACACUGAAGAUGAAAAGCUGUGGGAAUAAUGGUGGGCUCGCAGAUGAUGGGUACAAAUGGAGAAAGUAUGGCCAGAAAUCCAUUAAGAACAGCCCAAACCCCAGGAGCUACUACCGGUGCACGAAUCCGCGGUGCAACGCGAAGAAGCAGGUGGAGCGAGCUGUGGACGAACCCGACACUCUGAUCGUCACCUACGAGGGUCUCCACCUGCACUACACCUACUCUCACUUCCUCCACUCCACUUCUUCCUCCUCGUCGUCUACUACCACCCAACAACAACUGCAGCCUCAGCCUCAGAUGAUGACCAACUGCAAGAAGAAGCCCAAGCUGCACCUGCACCCGCUGCUGCACGACGACCCACCCCCACCCCCACCGCCGCCGGAAAUGACGACCAUGAUGAUAAUGCAGAGCUUCAGCAUCCAGCAACAACAACAUGAUGAUGAUCAGCUGCUGCAGCCUGCUGCAGAUGAUCACUUGAUGGUGCAGGCUCCCCCCGAUGAUUGUUACAAUAUUAACGGCAGCAGCAGCAGCGGCUUGAUGAUGAGCUUGGACGACGACGAGCAGGCCGCCGGCGCCGGCGGGCUACUGGAGGACGUGGUGCCUCUGCUGGUCCGCCGCCCGCCGCCGCCCAUCUGCAACAACAACAACUACUACUACUCGCCGGCCACCACCUGCACCUCUGACAACGAGUACGGCUCGUCGGCGUCGGCGUCGCCGUCCUCCUCCGUCUCCGUCUCCAGCUGGACUACUCCCAUGUCUCCCUGCAUCGACAUGGCCAUACUCUCCAACAUCUUCUAGCUAUAUUCAAAUUAAUGAAAUUUCAUCUAGUAUUCUCUAGCUAGCUAGCUAGUCGAUCUAGUACUUACAAGAUAUAUAUAGGUAUGUAUGCGUACUGUACGUACGUAGCUAGUGCAGCACGUAUUACUACUAUAGUUGUUGCUUUUGUUAAUUUCCAGCUGAUCCACCAUGCAUCGUAUCGAAAGGUACACGUUGUAUCUACUACUAUAUGUAUGUAUCUUCAUCAGAGUAUAGUAUAUAGAAGUAGUAUAUGUAGAUCCAUCCUAUGCUAUGUCAUAUGGAAAUCUAGCUAUAAGAUGCUCUCGCCGGCCGGCUGGCUUAAAUAUUGGCGAUGCAAUAAUAAUUAAUAUAAUCUCUAUAUUUGUAUCAAUCAUAUAUUGAUGAGAUAUUGCACGAGUUAAAUC